AUGACUAAACUUCAGCUAUCAUUCAAUGAUUGCUGUUCUAAUCAAACAUUAGAUGAUGGACCAGGACGAGAAGAAUUGCUAAAGCACUACAAUCAGCUGCAACUUGAAGUUGUCAGAUGGCGAGAGGAAUGCAUUCAGUUACACAGUAUUCUAGCAAAGCAAACUGAAGGUUUGAAGAAUGUUGCUAGUAUCAACUAUGAAAGUCAUGUACACUUAAAAAAUGAGGUUGUGGAGCUAGUACUGGCAUUUGAAGCACAGAAGGUAAACAGGCAGCUGGAAGAUGAAUUGCACCAAGAGAAAAAUAAGUGGCAAGCAGAAAGAGAACAACUCCAACAAGAAAAUGAGCAACUCAGAGAGGAGAAUGAUAAUCAGCACAAGCUUUUGUCUCCAAGCUUAACUAAAAGCCCACAAACUCAAACUGAGGCUUUUAUGCAACAUGAAAUUAUAAGAGUGACUUCAGAAAAGCUGGUUCUUCAAGAAAAACUAGAUUUAGCUAAAGAGGAACUUUCAAAAUGCCAGAACAGCAUAAAAUUGCAAACUGAAGUGCUGAAGGAUGCAGGGUCAACUAUCUACACCAUUGAAAAAGUUACUAAGAAAGACCAUGAUGAUAUUGAUAUAAUGGUUUUGUGGCUUUCAAAUACUGUGAGACUUCUGCAUAAUCUGAAACAGUAUAGUGGAGACAAAACAUUCCAAACUGAAAACACAUCACUACAGAAUGAACAGUGUCUACAGAAUUUUGAUCUCACUGAAUACAGAGAAGUUCUUUCAGAUACAGCUGUAGAAAUCUACCAGAGUCUUGCUUGGCAUAUACAAGAAAAGAUAGAGCCACUGGUGGUGCCAGCUAUUCUUGAACAUGAAGAAAUAAGUGGCUUGACAAGCCAGAUACCUAGUGGAAAGAGAGGAAGAGCUGUGUUGUCAUCAUGGGAUUCUGAGCCAUUUUUGGGUGUACAGAAGUCAUUGGAUGCACUCUUGCAGGAACUAAAUUAUAUCUAUAAAAUUAUGGGGAACCAUGGUGUUGACCCAGAACUUACUGUCCAGAUAUUUCGGCAGUGUACUGAUGUGCCAACCACAUUACAGCCCAUAAUUCAGGCUGCCCACUUGCUACAGGCUCGUAAGCUGGAUGAAGAUGUUCAGCAUGUAUGCAAUAUGUGUGAUAAACUUUCAAUGUUGCAGGUUAGAGAGAACAAUGCUUUAAGGAUGGCACAGAUAGAAUUACUCAAAGUGAAACGAAAGUUUGAUGCCUUGAGAGUUGUGGAGACAGCGAAAAAAGUGAUGGUUGCCUUGUUGCAGAGAAAGGUUGAAGACUUAAAAACUCUGAAAAGCUUGCUUGAAAAUGAAAGGAAAGAAAAAAUGACUAUAAUUAAUGAAAAGGAACAUUUUGAAAAAGAAAAAGCAGAAGAAGUAGAAAGAAUUAAUAAAGAAAAUCUUAGAUUAAAAGCUGAGCUUGACAAAUUAAAUGAGAGAAUAAAAUCUAAUCAGUUUGGAGCAGCAGUAGAGAAUCUACAGGCCUGUGUUGAGCUAAAAAGGCUGAUGCUGAGCAAAGAUAGAGAUGGAUAUCAGAAACUCCUGGAAGAGCACAACCUAUUGGAAAAACAAAAUGAAAGCUUGAAGAAUGAAAUGGGUCACCUGCAAUGGCAUGGGCAUUCUAAAAGUACUCAUCAGUGUUCUUUUUAUAGUCCAAUCACUGUUAGUGCACAAGAUAAAACUAUAAGUGGUGUAUCUGACCAUGGGGAAGAUACUGAAGGUGUUCUCAGGCUCCACCAGAAGGUAAAAGAACUGGAAAAAGAAACAAUCAAGUUGCAGAAACAAAUGGAAGAGGUGGAGAAAGAAAAAGAUAGUCCAUGUGGUGAUACAGCAUUUACACGUGUUGGUUUUAGAGUAUGA